AUGACAAUGGUUAGCAAGAUGACCGCCAAACAAAGGAAAAUGGCGUUUGUUCGUCAAGAAAUAUCGGAGAUCUUCACAUGGUAUGAACGAUCUGUGAAUUACCAGCUCGGAGAGAUAACCCGAGAAGCUCAAGAUAUCAUUGAACGUCUGGAAACCAUUGAAGGCAUCGACAAAAAUGCUGAAGCGAUGGAACAUGAUAAGAAGAAGUUGGAGGAGAAGAUGAAGGAAAUGGAAGGUAUAAAGACGAAUGUGGAGGCUUGUCUGAGGAAUCUAACACCUAACGGGCCACGAUAUCAAGGUUCAGCCUCAAAAGGAAAGGAAAAGGCAGCUGGAGAUGUAGAAUUGGAGUCUAAAUGGCCGAAGAUGGACACAGCGGAGGAAGAGGCAGCCAUCAAGAGUAAGGAGGAUGAAUUCAAAGGCCUACGCGAGCAACUGAAACUGUGCAUGCUAUGCUUCUCUAUCUUCCCAAUGGAUGCCGAUAUCCAGAAGAGAGUCUUGAUUUAUUGGUGGAUUGGAGAGGGGUUCGUGAUGGCGAAAGAAGAAAAGACCUCUGAGGAGGUUGGGGAAGAUUGCUUCAAAGAGCUAGUGGACCGCGACUUCAUCCACCCUAUCUACAACAGACACCGGCCGAACAUCCUUCGGUGCAAAUUGCACCCUUCGAUCCAUCGGAUGAUCAUCGCACUGUCCAGGAAGGAAGAGUUCUUCAACUUGACUGAAUCAGAUAUGCAAUCUUCAUCUCCCUCCAAAGCCCGUCGCGCAUGCUUAAUGACCAAGAACAAAGACGGGCAGCUCGACGAAGAGUAUUGCCUGAAACUGAAAGAACCCACCUUGCUAACGCUGUUCAACAUCAACGUGAAGCAUCUGAAAUUGAAUUUCGGUAUCAAAUCCAUGAUGAAGUUGAAAACCCUGGUUGUUUUGCAACUAGGGAAUUGGAGGGGCUCCACCCAAGAUCACAUGGAGGUGGAAGAACCAAACUACAUAGACCACUACAUUGAGAUUGAAGAGCCUCAAAUCUUAGAUAGGCUAAGUGCUUUAGUGCACUUACGAUACCUGAGCCUGAGAGGCAUCUCUAAGAUCAAGAAGCUGCCAAGUUCGAUCAGGUCGCUACGGAAUCUGGAGAUCUUGGAUCUCAAUGGAUGCCAAGACCUGGAGGAAUUGACAGAGGGGAUAAAAUGGCUAGAGAAGCUGACCCACUUGGAUGUAUCAGACUGUUACAUGCUCGAACACAUGCCAAAGGGGCUUGGUUCCCUGUCAGAGCUGACGGUGCUGAAGGGGUUCGUGUUCUGCGGCUCUGUGAGCUGUGAUCAAUGUAAGAUGAGAGAGUUGGUGAGAUUGGAGAAGUUGAAGAAGUUGAGUAUCAGCAUCCGGAGUGGGGCGGAUUCCUGGAAUAUAGAUUUGCAGGAUUUGAUCAAGAUAAAAGCGCUAAGAUCCCUUGCAAUAACAUGGAGAAAGGCGUGCUUGAUGAACCUCAAGCUUCCCCCUGGCCUCGUGAAGCUGGACCUCCAAUGCUUCCCCCAGUUCGAUCAGCCGUCUUGGCUCAAUCUGGAUGAGUUGCCGAGUUUGGAGAAGCUCUACAUCCGAGGAGGAAAGCUUGCGAAGCUCCGUCUUGAAGGAAAUGGCUGGAAGAUCAAAAUGCUACGAUUUAAGUUUCUAAAAGAGCUGGAGCUGAGAACCGCCGAUGUUCGAGAGUCGCUCCCGCAGCUGGAAUAUUUAGAGAUCUACAAAUGCCCCAAGAUUGAAGUGAAUCAUCAGCUAGACGAAGAUGGGGUGUGGGUAAAAGAGAAGCUGGUGAGCGCGAGCUAUAUCAUACCGCCAGCAUCCUUGGAACAGUGA